AUGAAUUUUCAUAAAAUAAAGUCAGUGUGUUAUCGGCUUUUUGCAAUUAGUCAGUAUUUAUUUUUCAAAAUAAUCGGAUUGUCGCCUUGGUCAAUCGAAGCAUCUGAUAUAAUAACCAGAAACCGAAGAAUUGAAAGUCACAGUUUUAAAUGCAGUUUUUCAUAUGUUGGAAUGGGUUAUAACAUUAUUUUCAUUUUAGUAACUUCCUCAUUAAAUAUUUACGGUUUUUACUAUACAGCAUCGAUCGAAAAAGUCCAUAAAAGUUUUAAUAUAUUUCAAAGAACGUUCGCGUUUUGUUCAUCGUUUGGUAUUAUUUUUAUUGUACUAUUUAUCACCAUUCGACAGAAAUUUUUUAUAAAUUUUAUCAACCACCUACGAAAUAUUGAUAAAAACUUAAGAACGUGCACCGAUUAUGACAUAAAAUACGAUUGUACCAAUGAUUCAAUCUUCGCUAGCAACCUUAUCGUGACAAGUGCCUUAGCAAUAUUGAGACAACUUUUUACCAAAACAAAAUUAUUUCUCUUUAUGAGUCUACCAAAUUUUUUAACAACUUGGCCACUGAUCCAUUAUACGAUCUUAAUAAAUAUUAUAAAAUUACGAUUGAUAAGUAUCAAUUCGAUGCUUUCGAAACUUGGUACCACUAAAAGUAAAGUAUCGCAAUCGCGUGAGUUAAUUUUGAAAGAUCUUGAUAGCAUAAAACGCGCAUACGCGGAAAUUUGUAAAGGGUGUGAUCAAAUUGUAGCCCUUUAUGGAAUUCCUACCUUGAUUAUGAUACUUAUAUAUUUGACAAAAACUACUCACAGUAUGUAUUAUAUAGUGAUAGAAUUGAUCUCCCCUCAGAAGAUUGAUUUGGCAGUAUAUGGAGCUGGAAUUGUUUUGUUGUUUCCUAUAUAUAUCUUCGUAUUAUUAACUUCUUCUGUGGCUAAAGUCGUUAAAGAGAAUAAAGAAACCGUCAGGAUUAUCAACUCACUAAGAGAUCGAUUCGAUAUGGAUGAAGAAAUAUUCGAAAAACUAAUGAAGUUUUCUUCUCAGCUUUCGUACUUGACUGUUGAAUUCACCUGCUGUGGAAUCUUACCACUAGAUCGCGAUCUUUUGAUGAUUAUUUUGAGCACUAUUGUCUCAUAUCUCGUUAUUUCUGUUCAAUUCUACAUCGACUUAUCUGCUAAUUAA